GGCGAUUUGGAGGCGGGUGUGCAGUGGAGGAGGACCUGCGCGGGGCUCUGCGUCCCCGACUUAGCCUGUCCGGUGCGCUCGCCCGCUGGUCAUGCCCUGCAGACUCUGAAUGGGCACCAAUCCGGCUCCAGGAGCGCGAGGCGCCGCGGCCCGGGCCAUGGGCAACUUCCAGCUGGAAGACUUUGUGGCGGGUUGGAUCGGAGGUGCAGCCAGUGUCAUUGUCGGCCACCCUCUGGACACGGUCAAGGCCCGCCUGCAGGCUGGCAAUGGCUACGGGAGCACCCUCAGCUGCAUCCGCACCGUGUACAGAAGGGAGAGUGUGUUCGGCUUCUUCAAGGGCAUGUCCUUCCCCCUUGCCAGCAUCGCUGUCUACAACUCAGUGGUGUUCGGGGUCUUCAGCAACACACAGAGGUUCCUCAGCCACCAUCGGUGCCAAGAGCCCGAGGCUGGUCCGCACCAUGUGCUGUCUGACCUGCUCCUGGCCAGCAUGGUGGCUGGUGUGGUCUCUGUUGGGCUGGGAGCACCCGUGGACCUCAUCAAGAUCCGGCUGCAGAUGCAGACACAGCCGUUUCAGGAAGCCAGCCUUGGAGUGAAGCCCCGGGUGGCAGCUCUUGGGGAGCAGCCAGCCUAUCAAGGGCCUGUGCAUUGCAUCGCAACCAUCGUGAGAACCGAAGGCCUGGCAGGGCUGUACCGGGGCGCCAGUGCCAUGCUGCUGAGGGACGUCCCAGGCUACUGCCUCUACUUCAUCCCCUAUGUGUUCCUGAGUGAUUGGAUCACGCCCGAUGCCCGUGCAGGCCCCAGCCCCUGUGCUGUGUGGCUGGCAGGCGGCAUGGCAGGAGCAAUUUCCUGGGGGACAGCAACUCCUAUGGAUGUUGUGAAGAGUCGAAUGCAAGCUGAUGGGGUUUAUGUGAACAAAUACAAAGGUGUCCUGGACUGUAUCUCCCAGAGUUACCAGAAGGAAGGUCUUAAAGUGUUUUUCAGAGGCAUCACGGUCAAUGCCGUGCGGGGCUUCCCCAUGAGCGCGGCCAUGUUCCUGGGCUACGAGCUCUCGCUGCAGGCGAUCCGCGGGGACCACGUGGUGACCAGCCCCUGAGCGCCAGGGCCAGGAUCACCUGACCAGGGCCUCCUUCCGCUACAGCUGAUGCAGUGGGGAAUUAACUGAAGAGAAAGAAGGUCUCCCCUCCAACCCUCAGUUAUCCGUGCUCCCCUCGGAAUCCCUUCUUUCCCAUCUGCAAGCACUCUGUUCCUCACCUGCAGGCCAGGGCCCUGAGCUGCUGCCUGGGGCCGACCGUGGAGCCAUCACCAUCUGUGUCAGAUCCUCACUGGCCCCUGGUAACAAGCGGGAGGAAAUAGACCCUGCACCUGCGACUGCUGUAAACUCACUGGAGAUUCACGGAGGAGCCGAUGUUGUCUCUUGAGUUUCCAUAUAAAAACAUUUCUGUAUCAGAUGCUUCUGCCUGCUUCCAGGAGACUGGCCACCCUCGUUCUUCCCUCUGUUAGACCCUCGUAGAUGUCACCAGCCCAGAGAAGAGCCCACUGCAUGCAGGAGACUCUUCAGGAAUGUCAGUGUAUUGCCUGCUAUGGUUUGGUUGCAUGGCUGUUCACAGGAAAAAGACUGUGGGGACAAAGUUAACAAAGGCAGAGUGACUAAAACAGCACGGAAACCAGCAGCCCCAGGAGCCACCCUACCCAGAGCCUGAUGGAGUUGGCAUUGACAUUCACGUGAAAAUAACCAACCAGAGCACAUCACAGAAGGAAUGGGCAGACACAAACAGUCAGUCACCUGCAAAAGAGAAGUUUCAGAGUGAAGAUUCCAGAUGUGAAAAUUAAAAUUGGUUUGGAAAGUUCUUAAAAGAGCAUAUACUCACGUUGCUGCUGCAGCUGCAUUUUGAAGGUGGAUGUUUCUAAACUUCCCAGUCCUUUGAUGGGGCUGUUCUAAUCACUGUGAGCCAGAAAGCAGUCUCACUGUAGCUCUAUGACGAGUGGUGAUGGAUCACUGGUGUUUGGCUGAACUAUGCAGAAGGGAAGUAUCUUGGUGGCAAACAAGGUAAAAAGAAAUUAGCUUUUUUGCUAAAUUCACAGAUCCUCCUGCAGCUAUGACUUCCAUGCCUGUCCUCUGCAGGUACUAAGAAGGUGCAAAGGCCUCCCAGCUUAUAGCAAACACUUUUAUUACAGAGUUCUGUAUCUAUGCCCUUUGCUCCUGCUAAGGUCUGCCUGGAAUAUUCUUCCUCAGCUCUUCCAUUUGUGGCCCAUUCUCAUCCUUCAGGUUUCAACUCAAAAGCCACCUCCUCCAUGAAGCCCACUCUGACUCUAGUAAUCAUUGCAAUCUGCAGGAUUCUGUCAUAGCGUCUGUUCCUCCUACUGGAACAUAAGUUCCAUGAGAGCUGAUGCAAUGACUGACUCUUGUUCAUCUUUGUAUUCCCAGAGCACGGUCUGUAUAUUAAGUGCUCAGCAGUUACCAGUGCAAUGAAUGAAUGACGAAUAAAUUUAAUUUUGUAAAAACUUAUUAAAUUUAUAUUAUUUAUGAAAUGACCCGUACAUGUUCCCAGUGGAUCAGUAACCAAAAAAAAAAAA